AGACAAGAAACUGGAAUGGUCACAUUUGUUACGGUAGCAAACCAGACAAGACCCUGUGAAUAAACUAUGAACACAUCCACCAAUGCUUCCAGCUUAAGUCAUCUUAGAGAGACAAUCAAGGCAUGUGUAUACCUGGUAGACUUCCUUAUCUGUUCUGUAUUCACCAUUCUGAUCCUGCACACUGUAUUGAGGGAUGCUGCCUUGAGAAAGGAAGUGCGUUUCUACUUUUUGUGCCACCAUCUUGUUUGCUUGACUUUAUUCUUUGGUUUGGGAACCAUAUUUUGUGGUAUACGGGCAUUUAGAUUUAACGUUCCAGUCCUUGUGUGCUGGGUCAUCUUUGCUGUACAGAUAGUGAUUGGUAGAGGAGUUCUGUUAACCCUUGUCUUGAUGGCAUUGAACACUUGUGUUGCCGUGUGCUGGCCACUGAAACAUCAUGCACUUGUCCACUCCGUUAAGCGCAAAAUUGUUGCAUGCAUGUGGACGAUUGCACUGCUUGAUCCUCUUAUAUCAGUAAUAUAUGAAAGUAUAAAGAAACCUCUGGAAUUACUUGUACUCUUAGAUCCAACUUGCCCUUCGGGUCUUACAAGCUUGGCUUCCAGAAUAAGUGGUGUCAUUUUCACACUCUUGGUACUUGGCCUAAUCUUGGCUUCCUAUAUUUUACUAUACAGAGAAGGGAAAAGAGCUGGACAUUUUAACAGCUCAAACGUCCAUGCCAGACGAACCAUCAUCAUACAUGGGAUACAGAUUGUUUUUCACAUUCUUCCGGUGAUAAUAAACAUUUCAAUAGGUGGAAAAACCAGAUACAUUGCCUUGGACGUGACUAGUUUCAUUAUCUUUAGCCUCGCUCAGUGCCUCAGUCCUGUCGUUUACGGAUUAAGAUCUUCUGACCUGAGAAACAAACUCUUUAGAAGGCAACAUUAAUGUGGAAUUAAUGCCUGAAUGGACAAAUGAGCUAGUCACUUGGGCGAUGGUCAAGUUUACAUAUGGACUUGAGAUGACCUAUUGCUCUGUAAGGUAUUAUUUAUAGCUUGAAGAAAUGAAUGUUGGGUAUAUGACUUGUGCAUUUUUCAAGAAAAAUAAGACCAACAUAAAGCAGCAUUCUUCUCUUAAAGGGACACUAGCAUGAUUUUCAGCAUUUUGUGUUGAACUUCUAGAAUAUUUCUGCAGAA